AUGAAGAGCCCUACGGUUCUAUUCACUAUCGCACUCUUCGCCGGCAUCGCCGCCUCCUUUCCCGUGGCGGUAGUAGCGAUUACUACGGAAGAGGCAGCGGAAAACUCAGCGUCUCCUCUCUCCGUUAAGGAUGGAUUACUGCCAUCAACUGAGACUGCGGAAUCACCAUCGUGGCCUCAGAAACUAUCUCCAACUCCAAUGGCAGCAGAUGAAAUUAUUGAAACUCCGAAAUCUCGCGCUCAUAAUGUUAUUUCUGCUAACAUUAGUAGCGGAACCGCAUUGCCACCUCUUGGAACAAUUCCCGAUGAAGUACAGCCAGACGGCCACAUCAUCCAGCACCAUGGGAAGGGCCAUGAGAAGCGCCGUGGUCAAGACCAGCCAAAAAGGCAACAUACCAAGACAACCAUUGCCUUGGAGUAA